CUAGUGGAGUUUUCGAAUCAACUCAAACAAUUCUUAUCAAAUUUCCUCUAUCAAAUCCCCAUGUGCUCUCAUCGAUGCUUUUUCAGAGGUGGAAGAGCUUCUGAAGCCCAUCUACACAAAGUUCGAUGAGUUCAGUAAAACAGGUGACGCCGAUGCAGCUGGCAAGCUUUACCAUGAUCAGGCAGUCGUUGUGGAGAAAGGCGAGAAAGCUACAUUCGGGAGAGAAGAGAUCGUUAAAAUGCUCAAAGAGUUCUUCGAGAAAGUCGGCCCGCACAAAUUCGUGACGAGUAACGAAUCUUAUCAAGGCACCGACGAUUACUUGAUUGCUCAAUGCGACGUUGAAGUACAUCCAGAAAAGGGAGGGGACAUUCUUAAAGGCAAAACGCUUCAUAUCUGGAAGAAACAGGACGGAAAUUGGUUAUUGUAUCAUGAAGAAUACGAAAAGUUGAUUAUCAACUCCGAAAACUGUGAAUCUCCAAAAGCAAUCAACAAUCAUCAGAAAGAGAAAAUCAAUCAACGUCCAAAGGCUAUUCAUUACAGCGGACAAGAAGUGAAAGAUGUGCUUACUGCUCGUUACGAUGCCAUGGAAAAACAUUGUCAAACUGGUGACAUUGAAAAAGUCGCAGAAUUCUAUCACAGUGAUGGAGUGAUGAUUGAAAGAGGAGUAUCGGUCGCUUAUGGAAGAGCUCAGGCCCCUACAGAUUCCCUCGCACUGCCUACACCUGAAGAACCGCCCAUACAACUUCUCAAAGAAGUUGUUGACCUUAUGGAGAUUAACCAGCCUUGUCCCUUUGAGAAAUCCAACGAGAAAUACGAAGGCUGCGAGGAUUUCCUGAUUCUGACUUGCGAUUCUACGCUCAGUUCGGUCAAGCGUGGUACAGAGACCGCCAAGGUUAUUCAGAUUUGGAAGAAGGAUCAGGGAAAAUGGACCAUCUAUCAUGAAGAGUACGAAGUGAAAAAGUGA